AUGCCGUCGUCCUCUGACGCGUAUGACGCGUUUUCCUCGCCUGCCGCGCAUACGGCCGUGGACAUGGAGUUCAGCUCCAUGCAAAGCGCGCAGUCGUCCGUCCCGCGCUCCACCAGCAGCGACAAGACGCUGUACGACCACGACUUGGUCAUGGUCUUCCCGCGACGUGAAGGCGGCGAGCUCAAGAAGCCCGACGACUUCACUCUAGACAGCUUCGUGCACCUCAUGAUGGGCAAGGACCCGGACCGCAGCCACCGCUCCAACAAAAUCGUAGUGGACCCGUUCCAGCGUGUGUUGCGCACGCCGCGCUGCUACCUGGACGAGCGCGGCUGCGACGUCGUCAUGGACUCGAGUAAUGAUCAUAGCGAGGAGAGCGAGCAGCGCCGCUUAGAGACGCAGGAGCAGCUGCUUAAGAAGGAAUACGAGCAAUUCAUCGGUAACACUGAGGCCACAACCGAGACGCGGUUCUGCGAGCUCGUGGCCACCGCCAUCGCGCGUCGUGUGCAGCUCGCAUGUGGCCUUACUACGCGCAUGUUCUUAAGCUGUGACGCUGACGAGAUCAUUAUGACUAUCAAGGCAGACAAUGAUGACCUCAGAAUCGAGGCAGACCGUACCAACUACAGACUGCAGGUCAGCAACAAACCGUUCGACAAGACAUUACACGUGAAGAAGCUCAAGACUCUGCAGCGUGAGAUGGGAGAUAAAGAAUGGCAGAACUCCAUUGACCAUUUAAGACAUACUCGCGGCUGUGCUAAUGAAGAUGCCGAAUAUCCAGAGAUGGAUCCGUUGUUAGUUUCACGCGGAGAAGAGUUCCAUCCGGAACUACGCAAGGCUGUAGAUAUUUGGGGGCAUACCGAAGAAGCUGAUGGUUUAUUUGUCGAAGACGACACCUGUCGUCGUGUCCAGGGAAACCAUUGGGAUCGCUUUGUGACGUCGAUUUUUGCUCUACCUUACGAUCCGUUGACGUACUUUGCUCCGUUCGCAGAGUAUCGCCAUGAGGAGAAGUACCAGCCCUUCUACCGACGUUACCCGAUCAAGUGGGGACAGAAGAAGGAGGAGACGUUGUUCUCGCAAAAAGAUCGUAUUCGUCUCGCAGAAGGAAUCGUAGAGCGUCAUAUUAACGCAGACGCUCUGGAAGCUGCUGGGUAUCUGGAGGGUCAAAUGUUCGCUCUCCACGACGCGAAGGCGCUGCACGACCUGCGGCACUCGUGGGCUCUGCACUGGACCAUGUUGUACCAACCUUUGCACAAGAUCCGCUACUACUUCGGAGAGAAGAUCGCGCUGUAUUUCGCCUGGCUCGAGUUCUACACCAAGAUGCUGGUCUUCCCGGCAGUCGCGGGUAUCAUCACAUUUGUGUAUAUCGAAGCGCGUCAGGCUGUCACGGGUACCAACCAGCAAGGCUACAUUCUCAUCGCCUUCGCUGUGUUCGUGGUGUUAUGGUCGUCACUGUUUUCCGAGCUGUGGAAGCGUAAGAAUGGUCUAUUGGACUCGCUCUGGGGUCUCAGUGGUUUGCAGGAAUCAUUCCGGUAUCGCCCUCAAUUUCGCGGAACUAAAAGUUACCACCCGGUCACUGACGCCGAGGAGGUGACAUUCGAGAGCAAGAUGAAGCGCCGACGUGCCUUCAUCGUGUCCAUCCUGGUCGUGACGUUUAUGGUCGGUAUUGUGAUUGUCGCUCUCUUUGGUCUGUUCGUCUUGAAGCACUGGAUCAACGACAGUGACAACCUGGAGAAGAACAACAUUAACACCAAGUAUCAGACGCCCUUGACGUUCGGUGUCACUGUGGUUAACGCCAUCCAGAUUCUCGUGCUCAAUACGGUCUACCGCACCGUGGCGCGUAAGCUGAAUGACCUCGAAAACCACCGCACAGACGCUGAGUACGAAAACUACUUGGUCAUCAAGGUCUUCCUGUUCCAGUUCUGCAACUCGUUCGCUUCGUUUUUCUACAUUGCGUUCGUCAAGCGUAUUGCUGAAGGUUCUUGUCUGUAUGAAGACGACUGCAUGCAGGAACUGCGCGACCAGCUGCUGACUCUGUUCAUUAUCCGCAUUGUGGUGGGCAACACGACGGAAGUGGUGGUGCCGUACUUGAAAUACCGCUACCAGCUCUUCGCUGAGCGCAAAGCAGCGUACACCGAAGAAAAGACUGGCCACAACUACAUCGAAGAGCAGGCGAAGCUGGUGCCUUACGAGAGCAACGAGGCGUUCGAGGACUAUAACGAGAUGGUCAUCCAGUACGGCUUUAUCAACUUGUUCGUGGUGGCGUUCCCGCUGACGCCUCUGCUUGCAUUAGCCAACAACGUACUAGAAGUUCAUGUCGACGCCGUGAAGCUCUGUUUUGUGCAUCGUCGACCGUUCCCCCACCCGGCGAAGGACAUUGGCGUCUGGUUUUACAUUCUCCGAUUCAUGACGUACAUCGCGCUCGGUACAAACUCGGCUCUUAUUCUCUGGACGUCCGACUUGUUUGAAGACCAGACGGGAACUGUCCGAGCCUUCAGCUUCGUAGUGGCGUGUCAGGUGUGCUUGGUUUUGGCUGUCCUUGUCGAGCGUGUGGUGCCCGAUACACCCCACGAGAUUAGACUGCUGCAGGAGCGCUACGAACACAUUGUGAACGUGGUGUUCAAGGGACUGUUCGAGGGCGACAACUCGAAACUUAACGAGGUUGCAGAGCGUCUGGACCUUCAGAUUUAUCCCAACCAUGAAUGGGAAGAAUCGAAGCAGCACUAUGCGUAGUCCUCUUCCAGACUGCCGAUCAUAUACCGAUCAAGAAGACGACAUUUUGGUGGAUAAUGAACAUUCUUGUAGACGAAUCGCGUGAUCUUGACUGUCAUAUUCAGUUCGAACACUUUUCAAUAUUCAUCGUACGUCUGUAGUACGGCAGAGUCGCAUGAUUGAUGCCGCAGUCUUGGAUAUCUGCUCUCCUAUCGAUGGACGAUUCGGGUGAUUUUCAGCUUCGCUUACAGCUCCAUCCAACCGAGAAGUCUGCUUUUGAGUAGCCAAAGCCUCCACAGUGCUGAGAACGUUUCUGUGCUCAGCAAACCAGUUACUCACUUGGUACCUUUUGGUUUCACAGCGAAGGCAAGUUUUCAGUGUAUGUAGCACGCGUAGCAGAAUGAUUCCAUUCAUGUUGCCUUCCAGGCAUCUCGAAAGCGAACUGUACAAAACAUCAACGUGUCAGAAACUGAAAAGUUGAAACUAGUUUGGAGUUGUUGGAACUUACCUCAGAUCGGAAUCGUUAAAACCCGAGGGAACGU